AUGGCUGCCAGACUCUGUGAAAAUGGUUCUGGUCAGUACCACUGCACCCACGGCAACCAAACUCUUGAAACCAGCUGCGUGUUGCUCCUGAUCAUGCUCGGAAAAGUCUUCCUUGAUUUCUUCAUGUUGCAAGUUAAGCCAAAAAACGUGAAAGCCAGUUUUAUGGGAUACUUUUGCAUUUCAGUGGCACUUCUCGAUCUCACGCUGCUGCUGAUCUUCUGUUUCAUUUUCUGUUUUGAGGACUUUGCGCUCUGGGGGAUGCGGUUCACCAGGUACCACAUCUGCCUCUUCACCCAGAUCACCUCUCUCACCUGCGGGAUUCUGCACUACCCCGUGUACCUCGUGGCUGCUCUGGACUAUUACACCACUGUCUCCCAGACAUCCCAGUUCUCUAAAAGAGGCCAGAAAUUACUGUACGUGUUCGCUGUGGUGGUUAUAUGGAUUUCAGGAUUUUUCUGUAUUCUGAAAGUUCCCGCUGUCUAUGAAGAGCUGGAAAUUCAGAAGAGUGUCUCUCCUUACCAGUGCCCUGUCUCUGCCAGCCUGCAGAGCUACUCAGUCUCGUGUGCCAUGGUGCUGCUCCUGGGCACUGCUCUCCUGGCUCGCUGGAAGGAGGUGGUGACCACCCUGCUGUCUGCCAGGCUCGUCUCCAUCUCCAGUCAGCCUGCUUUGAUGUUCUCCUACACGUCCAACACCACCACCUGCUUUAAGUGGCAGCUCCUGAGCAGACUCCUCAUCUGCUUCCUUGGCACUUGGGCACCUUUAGUUGUUCUCCAGGUCGUGGUUGUGUUCCUGGGAGCGCGGAUUCCGGCCUACGUGGACAUGAACGUGCCCUGGCUGUACUUCAUCAACAGCUUCCUCCUGGCAGCCGUGUACUGGUGCCGGUGCCACGAGGUCGAGCUGGCAGAGGGGACGUGGAGCUCAGACCCGUUUGUCAGCUGGAAAUUCUGCUUUGUGCCGUUUGACAAUGAAAACACAGAGCCAGCUGAUGAGCCGGGUGUGGUGAUUGUCAUCUGUUAAUGAGCUGCUGGCUGGAAAGGCUGCAAUAAGUGUGGGCGCUGAGGUUCUGUGGCUGGGUCCUUACAGACAACACAAGGAAACAGCUCCAGAGCUACACUCCAUGGAAAA